AUGUCCGCCAGCGAACGUGUCGUCGUCAAUGAGCUCUCCAGCAGUCUUCUCGACAUGAAGUUUAUGCUCAAAAAGAAGAAGCAGAUCGAAGCGAAAGGAGCAAAACGAAGAGAAGCAAGAUUGGAUGCGAAAAUUGCUGAAAAAGAAAAAGAAGGAGAAGCUACCAGCUCAAUGGCCGUUCUGCCCGCACAAAAACCUCAAGAAAUUUGCUACGAUUUGGCGAAAUUAGAAAAUCUUAAAUUUGGAAGAUUAUCCUUCAAAGGAUUUAACAAAGAUGUUGAGGUACUAAUGGAGUACUACGAAAGACUUCAAAAUGGAGAACUUUCCGAUGAAGAAGAAGACGGAAAAGAUGUCGACGAUCAGGAAAUGGCUGAAUCAUUGGGAGGACAAAAGCUUGCAGCUUUGAGCAAAAAGGCGCAAACGAAAAGAGAAAGAAGACAGGAUAAUGAGAAGAAUGUGGAAGCGACUGGAACAAAAUUCAACUUUAAAGAUAUUCGAAAACGACGAAAUAAUGAGGAGAUUGAGGGAGAACCGGAGAGGAAGUUUAUGAAGCCACAAGACGAUUAG